AGGGCAAAGUAAAAGCGGAAGUGAUGAAAUGAAAGGGUUGGAGUUAUGAAACACUAGCCACUACCCACUUGAAUUUUAGAAUUAAGUUGAAAAUAAACUUCAUUUAUCAGUGUCAGCACGCACUCCAGUGAUCAUGGGGAAGAUUGAGUGGGCUAUGUGGGCUAACGAGCAAGCUCUGGCUGCUGGACUCAUUUAUGCGACUGGUGGAAUCGUCGGAGUGGCCGGUCAGUUCAGAAGCUGGCAGUUCGCAGCGUUCGGCAUUGCUGCCGGUGUGUUUGUGUGUUUGCUUGAAUAUCCGCGCAGCAAACGAGGCAAAGGCACCAGCGUUGAGAGAACUGGUCAGUACUGCUUCACAGUGUGUGUAAAGGCUUUUGGACCCCUGACCAGAAACUAUUAUGUCAGAGCGUUCUUGCACGCUGCGCUGUGUGUUCCUGGAGGGUUCAUGUUAGCCACAGUUCUGGGGUGUGUGUGUCUAGCAAUUGCCAGUUUAAUCUACCUUUCAGCAGCUAUUCAUGGAGAGCAUUGGGAGCCAAUACUGCCCCGGACAGAGCCACCAAAGCGCACUGGGGAGAGCAUCAAAGAACCUCCUCAAAACCCUCCACCUCGACCUCCUCCCGAACUCCGCCGGAAGAAAGUGGAUAACCUAGAGACUGCUGCGUAUGACAAUCCCAUGUCUGUGACCAUCAAUGAAUAAGGAUUCCAGUGUUAAAAAACAGUUUAUCUAUAAUUCAUUGUGAUAUGAAGCAUUUAUGAGUUUAUACUGACAAACUGCAUCAAAACACAUACAGAGAUAGAUGAGAGAGAGAUUAUUUUAUAAUAUCUAGGGUGUGUACCUCUUGAUCAAUUUGAUACAUCCCAGUUACUUGCAUACAUUUUCAUACUAUUGUUCAUUUUUUAUUGUCACACUGAUAAGAGCGAUUUUUAUGUGAGAUCAGUUUUUAUCAUCUAAUAACAGUAGGAAAGAUGCUGUCAAAAUGUUAACCAUAAUUACAUAUGUUUACCUCAAGAGAGUGUAUGUCUUCAUUUGUACUUACAAUAAACUCAGGAUUUGCUUCAAUAAA